CUUUGCUUAAACCACUCACGUAAAAACAAAAACAAAGCUCGUCCAGUUUAGUUUGUAAAUUGUUUCAAUGUCAAUAUCAUGUAACCAUAAUUAUCAUUGAGUUUACCUGUUGAAAAAUGAAACAUUUAUCAUCCUCAUCACUUGAGAUUCAUCAUCAUCAUCAACAUCAUCAUAAUCGUACUCCAUAUAAUCAACGUCCCACCUUGAAUAUCAUCAUGAUAAUUAAACUAAUUUACAUGUCAAUAGGUUUUCAAGCCAACGCUUAUGGAUGAAAAUUGUUCUCAAAAAAAAGACAAUGGUCAAUAAAUAGUAAUUUUAAAUCGUUUAAUUGGAAACAAUUAACAAACAACAACAAUGGUCAGUCAACAUUCAUCAGGUGUGAAGGUGAUGCAGUGACCAAAGAGUGACCUUAAGGAUAAGAUCACUAAACGGACACACUGGACAUUAUCAAAAACGACACAUUGUGACAAAAGAAUCAGAGUCACAAACAAACUUAGCUACUGAGUAUUCAUAUGUGUCAAUAGUGAUAAUGACUUUUGACCUAAUUGUGACAGCUCUUGUUAGAGAGUUGAAAUGUUGCAAUUACACCUUCAUCUCCUCGUUAUUGAUUAUAUUUAAUUGGCUAAUUAAACCUUGUCAUGGUAAAGGAGGAGCGGUGGGCGCUGCAGCAGCAGCCGGAGGGGCCACAGCUGGUGUUGAUUGGACUGCUGGAGGUAAUUACACGGAAGAGGAAAUGGUUGUGGCCUUAAUUGUGGUUGGUAUUAUAAUGUCAGUUUCCCUGUUAAUUUGUGCCUGUCAAUGUUAUCAAAAGGUUUUAUGGGAGAUUGAAAAUACUCAUAUAAUUGUUAAUAAAGUGACCAAAAGACCAAUGCCACCAGCUCCAUAUAACAGAGAUGCAAUGGCCUAAAGAUUGACCAUCACCGAUGAGACACCACAAAACUGACCAUUAAUAACACCAUGAUAAAUGAAACCUGAAUAAUUUGUAUAUUCAUGAUGAUGAAACAACAAACAAACAACAAUAGUUUUCAACACAAACAAUCAACUAUAAAAUGUUAACCAUUGAUUCAAUUGUUGGAUAAUCAGUUCAUUAUCAUUUGGUUACAUAUGAGCAAUUAUCAUGUGGAAUAUAACAAAAAUAAUUCACAGGGAAAAGUUGAAUGAAUUUCCCAGGAAUAUAUCUCUAUCUCUUUCCAUGCAUAAAAUGAAUUGUUAUUUGAGAUUCUGGUUCCUUCACUUUCCUUUCAUGAUAAUCAAAUGAGUAAUUAUCUUUUGCUUAUUGGAAUUCUUGGAAUGAUAAGAAUGUUUAACUUUCUAUCAGCUGAUAAUCAGAAUUCUGGUAAUGAUUAACUGACGAGUUAAUCACAUCAUUAACUAUGUAAUCAGUGAACUUUUUACUUGAUAUCGUUGAUCCGAUGGAAUCAGAAUCGAUUCUGGAAACGAUAAUCAAAUUUUUCUUCUCAUCUUUUCUUCUUCUUCCUUCUCUCAUCAAGGAUUCAAAUGAUUCUCAUCAUUAUCAUCCUAACAUGAUCAGUUUUAUCAUCUUCAUCAUCUUCAUCAUCAAUAGUUAUGAUCAACAUUAUCAACUUGUUGCUGUUAAUGUGAUUUAUUUACUUACCUGUAUUUAAGUUGUUACCUGUUGGGAUAAUUUUUUGAUUUCAUUUUUAAUUUCUGGCUUGAGAAACAACAACUAAAUAAUUUAUUAUAUAAAUAUACUGUUAAUUAAUUAUUGCAAUAAUGAUUGUGUAAUCAGAUUUGAUCAUCAUGUUAAUUAUUAUAAAUAUUUAAACGAUUAAAAAUUUAAGUGCCUUGAGAAAGUGAUUAUAUCCUGGCAAAGAAUCAAGAAAAUGAACUAAUCAAUUCUGAUCAAAAGUUUCAUUAAAAUGUUUAUGCAUCCAAAUUUAUUAAUAUUGACUACUUAUCAUCAUCAUAUUCAUCAUUUUCAUGUAGUGACCACUGGUCAAUCAUGAUGAUAUCAAGUGUCCAUUGAAUGAGAUUCAAUGUCACUCGAAUAUUGAAUGUUGAUUAAGAUCAACAUGAAAUGCAAAUAAUAUUAACUACAAAUCGUAACCAUAGUAACAUCGGAAACCGGAAAUUAGAGAUAAAUCCAUCCUUUUAAUUAUUAUAAUCUUCUGAUGAGAGAGAGAGAGAGAAAAGAUGUAAGAGAUGGAGAUAAAAAUGAUAAACUCUUUUUCUCUCCUCUUCGUUUCCAAUUCUAUUUUUACUUCAUUUCCUCUCUCUCUCUCUCUCUCACUUGCUGUCCAUCUUCACCUAAUCAUCAUCAUUCAAUCUUCUUAUCAAUCUUCUUCUUCAUAUUGGUCAUCAUCAUCAUCUUAUCAUCUUUAUUUUUUUACUGACUAAAAGAAAGUAAAAGAGAUUCUCUUUCUUAAUCUUUCUUUUCUUUUACUUUUUCAUUCUCUGUCUUCAACUUCCUUCCGGUUUCCUUACGAUAAUGACUUUGAAUCCU